GGACUAAAAUCCAAACGUGUCAGUCUCCCAAAUCCAAGGGAGGAAUCGCGCCCCGUCCAGCCACCACGAGUCAUCUCAUCUCAUCUCAAUCCACACCAAUCGAAUGGUGAAAUAGCCGUGGGGAAGAAAGCCACUGCUCCUCCCUGCUCCAGUCUCCAGGAGGAGUGGAAGGGCUCGGCAAACAUCAGGUAGCCGUCCCUCCUUUAUCCACUUCGCUCUCUUCUCUGCAGCGCUGCAUCCUACUCCCUGGUUAGCAAUAGCAAGGGUAGGAAGAUGAGCACGUUAGAUGCCACGCGAGCAGAGCUCGGCCUUGUUGUUCUGUACUUGAACAAAGCCGAGGCCAGGGACAAGAUAUGCAGGGCGAUCCAAUACGGCUCGAAGUUUAUCAGUAACGGGCAGCCUGGCACGGCACAGGAUGUCGACAGGUCCACCACCCUUGCUCGCAAAGUUUUCCGGCUUCUCAAGUGGGUCAAUGAUCUGCAUGGUCUUAUCAGCCCUCCUGCUAAGGGGACUCCUCUUACACUGGUCUUGCUUGGGAAGUCCAAAAAUGCGCUGCUCUCGACUUUCUUGUUCCUGGACCAAUUUGUAUGGUUGGGAAGAACAGGGAUAUACAAGAACAAGGAGCGCACAGACCGGAUUGUAAGGAUAUCCCUCUACUGCUGGAUGGCCUCUUCAGUCUGUGCAGGGCUAGUUGAGCUUGGAGAGCUUAAGAGGCUAUCAAAAUCAAUGAGGAAGCUGGCGAGAGAGCUGAGGGAUACUGACAAAUAUGAGAAUGACCAGUACAAGAGCAAGAUGAAACAGUCGGAUGAACGGCUGCUAGCACUGGUGAAGGCGGCCAUGGAUGUUGUGGUGGCCGUAGGGCUUCUUCAGCUGUCACCCAAGAAGAUCACUCCAAGGGUAACAGGGGCAUUUGGAUUCGUCACCUCACUCAUUUCCUGCUAUCAGCAACUUCCAUCUCGUGCUCCCGCUAUCAAAGUGAAGGCAUGAUGGAUAUUUGCCGUUGUAGCCCAAAGGGAGUCCAUCACUGGAAUCUGCAGACGUAAUUCUUAAGCAUGGAUUGUGAGAUAAUCUGUCUAUGAUAAUCAGUAUAGAAUACUUUCAGUUGUACGUAUGGUUUAUGGCUUCACACAAUACCCUCCUGAACUGUAAUGAACAUGGUUUAUGUGUUCAUGCAUGUCUUCUACUUUGUACUCCAACAUGGCUGCCAAAUUUAUACUCAUUGGAGCAUGUAUGCCCACUACUCCCCAACAUGCUAGUAGAAUAGAAGUACAAUAAUUUCUUUUGAGAGAGA